AUGAUGUGGGGCAACAAUGCAUACCCAUGUGAGCAGUGUUUUAGUGCUGAAAAUCAGUAUCAAGACAAGGUGACUUUAACUAUUAAAGGUCUAACCGUGGAAUAUGUGAAAAUUCUUGUAGUUUUAACAUCCAUUGAUUUCUGUUGCAACAACUUUCAGGGGGAGAUACCUGAGACACUGGGAGAUCUCAAAUCACUUAUCCAUCUUAACUUCUCACACAAUGCUUUGACUGGAAGAAUACCAAAGGCUCUUGGAAUGUUGACUCAGUUUGAAUCCUUAGAUUUCUCAGUUAACCAUUUAAGCGGGAGAAUUCCAGACGAGCUCGUGAGUCUCACAUUUCUUGCUUUCUUGAACCUAUCUUUUAAUCAACUAUCUGGUAGGAUUACAAGUGGUAACCAACUUCAGACGUUCAGCGAAUUCCUUUGA